CACGCCCUAUUGAGAUGUUAACCAGGCGUCUUGGUAUAAAAAGGCCGUGCGCAUGUGCGCUGGAGUUACUCGGGCACUGCAACGAUGGUUUCGGCUUCAGAGAACGUGAUAAAGACAAAGGUUUCAGGCGGUAAAAAGAUUUCCAAACCGCUGAUGGAGAAAAAGAGAAGAGCGCGCAUUAAUACCUGCUUGGAUCAGCUAAAAUCCUUACUGGAAGGUUUCUAUUCUAACAAUAUCCGGAAACGGAAAUUUGAAAAAGCAGAUAUUUUGGAACUGACAGUAAUACACUUGAAACAUCUUCAGAACACUGAAAAAGUAUUUGCUGUUAACACUGCUUUAACAGAGUAUCAGGCUGGGUUCAAGACGUGCAUGGCCGGUGUGCAUCAGUAUCUCCUCACGAGCAACGCGAACCCUGCCAUCAGCUCGAACGCGCUCGCGCACCUGUCCAACGCGCUCCUCUGCCUCGGUGCGCGACUUCCGGAUUCCAGCACCGCGGACAGCGACGCACUGAAGCCCCCCGCGCCCACUCCGCCUCGCGCGGGCCUGCCGCGCUUCUCCCAAAGAGUGACUGAACGGACUGAAAUCUACAACAAACACAAAACAUCACACAAGCACGCCGGUGCUCCUAAAAACAUACAACACAAUUACUGGCGGCCUUGGUAACACCUUAUAGACCUUGUAGAUGUGUAUAGAUAUUUUAAACAAAUUGUGUUUAUGAUAGAGAUUAUAGAUUUUUUACUCUAUGUUGAACUAGAUCAUAUAUUUAGA